AUGGCUCUCGUUUGUCCAAUAAAACGUAUGCCUCUCUGGUCGACGCUUCCUCACGAUCUUAUAGCUUCUAUCGCCAAGCGCUUGUUUACCUUCGAAGAUUUUAUUGGUUUUGGUGCCGUUUGUAAAUCAUGGAAAUCAGCCGCGACCAAAGAAAACUUUACUACAAGACGUCAAAUUCCAUUACUCAUGCUUCCGGAGAAGGAGAAGGAGAAGGAGAGCACCACCAGCACCGCUACCUCUACGGUGCGUGAGUUCUACAACUUGAAAAACGGUAAGGUAUUCCAACUUAAUAUGCCAGAAUUAGUUAGGGGAAAGUUGUGUUAUUCUUCUCUAGGAUGGCUAAUGACUCAAUCUGAUAAAGACUCGAAACUCAAUCUCUUGCAUCCUUUAAACCAUUCUCGUAUCGAGCUUCCAGACGGUGAAACAUUUAAGAAACAUCACUCGGACUUGGACCUGUUUAAUUUGAAAACGCUGUUUGGUGAUUUCCUCGUAACGAAAUUUGUCUUGUCGUCGAGCCCUUCUUAUUCGUCCGACUACACAGUCAUGAUACAUAAUUGGGAAAGACUGGCAUUUUGUAGACCGGGAAUGGGCGACCAACAAUGGAACAUCCUUACGAAGUCAGAAAAAGAUGAUCACUUGUAUUUUGAUAUAACUUACUAUAAGGGAAAGUUUUAUGCCGUGGACCCUUAUGGUACAAUCUUGGUAUGUGAAAUUGAAGAUCCCAUGCAAGCAAGGACAAGGGUUAUUGUUCCAAACUUGCCGACAGAACUUGGGUUCCCUUUCCUCUGCGAGAAAGAGUACCUUGUGGAAUCAGCAGGGGCCUUAUUGCUCAUCGCGCGUUCUUUUGUACCUACCGUUGAGUUUAGGGUUUUCGAGGUGCCAUUGAGCAACGGACAUUGGUCCGACGGCGCUGAGGUUAAGAGCCUGGGAACUAGAACUCUAUUCCUAGGUUAUAAUUCUUCAUUUUCUGUCGAGUCCUCAAACUACGGAUGUAAAGCUAAUUGCAUAUAUUACACGAAUCAUCCGCCAGCACUUUUUCGUAAAGAGGAAGAGAUAGACAUGGGUAUUUUUUAUAUGGAAGACGGAAGGGCCGAGGCUGACCUAAGAGAACCCAUCAAUUCCCUAACUCCACAUUUGUGGGUUGAGCCGAGCUUUUGA